AUGCUAGGCCCCUCGCCUGGAGCUGGGGACCGGACACAGAAAUGUCACGCUUCUUACAACAUGGAUAAGGAGAUAGAGCUUGUAGGAGACGGGCACUUGCCCCAGCACGUCUGCACCGCAGGCCGCUCCCACCCCACCCUCUGCCGGGCACAGGGCGCCGGGAAUACCAUUCUGUCCCUGCAGGCCCAGCACUCUACCACCCUGUCCGGGCUUGGCUCUGACCUCUCACCAGACCAGGAGCCCACACAGGCAGCCAGCACAGGGCCUGUCACAGACAAGAGUUCAUAUAGUAUACAAGUGAAUGAACAAGUGAAUGAACGGAUGGCUGAGUGA